GGAACCACUAUGUCCAUAACUGGUACACUUACCCUACAUCUCGCAACACUGCUCACAGUUUGUUUUGGUCGGCGAUUGAUGGCCGCCAUUAGUCCGCGAUCGCGUUUUAUUUUGUCAAUUUCCGGAGUUUCCGACGCGAAAAAAUCGUGAGAAAUCCAUCGGCCGGAUCACAAAUCAACGGAGGAAGAAUUAUUGCUGUUUGGUGAUCCUUUCCGGCAUAACCGUCUUAAAAAACCGGUCGGAAGAAGUCAACCAUUGUCGACGUUUGUCGUCGGCUAACGAAAGCCAUGGAAGCUGCCGUACCAAAAGAAGUCUGGUGGCUCGUUUUGGAAAUCUGCUCAUCGAUGGAGUUGGGAAUGAGUUGGAGACGCUCCUGAACUGGAUCCGGCACGAACGGGACAUCUCCAAUCGUUGUUCAGCAACUUGCUCGCUGCAGCGGAGUGAGCUGCUAAUGAAAAGCCUAAAUGGAGUCAGCUUCGGAACAACUACGGUUGAACAGAACUACCGGAAAUUAUAGCUCUCCACAAGGAAAGGCUAAGUCCAAAAAUCAUGGAGAAUCGAUCGAUGGACCUUCAAGUUCGAUGAAUAAUGAUUCUUCAUCUAAGCGUCCAUUCGAAGAAAUUGAGGAGGUUAUCUUGGACGACACAGAUUUGGAAGAUUCGCAUGCUGAGAGCGUGGAUGAACGAGGAAAAUCUAAAAAGAAAAAGGCUGAGCGAUCGAUCGAUGAUAAAAUCCACACCAUCCUGGAUGAUCUGGUUGCUGCACCUGGAAAGACCAAAAGCCAACAUGCUUCUUUUGGAGCAUAUCUGGCGGAAAGAAUGGACAUGCUACCUCUACAAGUGGCUCGCGAUCUGGAGGUUGAAUUUACCUCCAGAGUAAAUUCUCUAUUGGAUCUUUAUGCUGAUCACCAGUGAAUGGGUCAGCAGCAGUGAUUUAUCAAUAAAUAACCUCAUUGAAACCAUUAAA